AUGAUUGCUAUAAGCAUGCUAGUACUUUUCGGCACUGAUGGAUGCUCCUACAAUUAUGACCACCGAGCGAUUGGAUAUCGCGGUGGAGGACAUAUGAUAUUCCUGAAGCCACUCGAAGUGCUACAGAGCAACGAUCAGAACGGCCUCAUCAACCUCGCGAACAUAAACCAACCAGCUACCACGGCCAUCCAGAUUGCUCUAGUCUCGCUGCUUGCGAGCUGGAAUAUCAACCCAGCUGCAGUAGUAGGACAUUCCAGUGGCGAGAUUGCAGCUGCUUAUGCUGUUGGAGCAGUGUCUCUAUUUUCGUGCACGGCGGUGGCAUAUCACCGCGGAGGAUUUGCGUCGAAACGUGCAGCUCGCGACGCGGUGGACUCAUUGCAAAAGCUCGCGACAGAUGCCGACGUCUUUGUCAGGAGACUCAAGGUGGAUAUCGCAUACCACUCGCAUCAUAGGAGGGACAUCGAGGCCGAGUACCCAAUCACGCUGGGCGGCAUCAGACCGAAUCGUGCCUUGAGUCAAGCCCACGUUUUCUUCCUCACUGAGAGGCAAGCAAGUUCUCUGGGAGACUUAGAGGCUGAAUAUUGGUGUCAGAACUCAACAAGUCUCGGUUUGUUUUCACAAAUUACCACCAAAAUGUGUUGGGGAAGAAACGACGAUGUGUCUGAAUCAAACAUCGAUCUGAUUAUGGGAAUUGGGCCUCACUCGAGCCUCAAAGCACCAGGAGAUCCUCAACUCCAGAAGUCGUAUUCGGGCAGCUCGCCUAGAUACCUAUCCACCCUGCUACGAGAUUCGGACGCCGCCCCUAGUCUUCUUGGAACGGCAGGAGCCCUGCACUGUACAGAAUUCCCGCUUGAGUUUCGGGAUCUUAAAAACAAUCGGUUCCGCCGCUUUCCCGGGCAUGAACUAUUCGGUGUGCUAGUGGAGGACUUCGAGGAGUCGGAACCGCGGUGGAGAAGGGUCAUCCGCUUAUCGGAAAUCCCAUGGCUUUCGCAUCAUCUUACUCAGUUCAAUGUCGUGUUUUUAUUCGCGGCUUAUGUGUCAAUGGCCUGUGAAGUGGUCUUUCAGCGAGCGACUAUGCGAGACCACAAGGUUGGGGAAUCACACAGCUACAACUUCAGGGUGUUCUCUGUCAAAAAUCAUUGA